AUGUGGCGCGAUCGUACAAACCUAAACAAGUACGCUGUCGGUGCCUCCGGGCCCAGCAGUACGCCCUACACGGACCAUGCAUCCGAGGACAGCCGCGGGCUCCUGUCGGCCGGCGCAUUUGACAGCGAUGGCGACGCCGUCAUAGAGAUGGACCUCCUCCCGCCGCGGUGGGCCGACAUCUCGGCCGAGAUCACCGACUUGCUGGCCGAUAUUGCUCUCAAGGGCCAGAAGCUGGAUAAGCUGCACCAGAAGCACGUCUUGCCCGGUUUCAACGAUGAUGACGCCAAGAGGGUCGAGGAGAGGCAGAUUGAGCAGCUCACUCAAGAAAUGACGAAGGGGUUCCACGAAUGCCACCGGUGCAUCCAGCGCAUUGAGCAGAUGUCCGAUGCCGACCGGUCCUUCUCUCAGUCAACGCUACAGGCCGCCUCGCAGCAAAAGAUGAUGCAUCAGUCAAGCAACGAUGCCGUCAUCGCCCAGCGCGAGCGCGAGAUUGAGGACAUUGCCCAGGGCAUCAUUGAGCUGUCGGACCUGUUCCGCGACCUGCAGACCAUGGUUAUCGACCAGGGCACCAUGCUCGACCGCAUAGACUACAACGUCGAGCGCAUGCACACCGACGUCAAGGGUGCCGAGAGGGAGGUCAAGAUAGCUUCGGGGUAUCAGCGCCGUACAACGAAGAGGAAGAUUAUACUCCUCCUUUUCCUCAUCGUCGCCGGACUAUUUAUACUCCUCUUGAUCAAGCCCAAGGGAGGUUAA